AUGCUUCACAUAAUAGGCGCACAAAAACUAUUUCACAUAAUCUGCUGCUGUAUUCACCCGAAACAGCCGGUGAUCGAGGAGACGGUCACCGGCGCACAAAAACUAUUUCACAUAAUCUGCUGCUGUAUUCACCCGAAACAGCCGGUGAUCGAGGAGACGGUCACCGGUAGCUGUCGACUGAACAAUGAGAUGACGUCCACUACCUGUGGGAGGGCCGGUACGCCACCCGUUAAUAAUACAGAGGCCACAGAUGCCGGCGCUAUCAUCGAGACACAAAAGCACCGGAAUAUGUGCGGCGUUGCCACUAAUAAAUGUAACCAGUCUACUUUUGUCUAAUAUUUUAUUACAAAGCACCCAGUCCCCUUUUUUAAUACAACUAUCCAACCCUAUAAAUAGCAUGUUUGUUACGAAUUUAAAAUGGAUAUGGAUAAUUUAUUUUAUAUUUAAGCAGCUACCUAAAGUGACACAAAUUUAAUAUAUUAGCUUUGAGGGUAAUACACCUGGUUUAAUUUAUUACCAGGGGCUCUCAAAUAGUUAAACCAUUGGAUGGUAUUGCUCUCAAAACAAUAUAUAAUUAACCCUGGU